AUGAAUUUAAUAAUCUACGAUGAUAUUAAUAGUACAUUGUAUAGUUUUGAUCAAUUAAACAACUUUCUAGAGUUAAAUAUUAGUUUUAAACCAUCAAAUAUUUAUAUAUCGCCAUAUCAAAAGAAUUUAUGGUUAGCAAACGAUGAGUCAAAUGAACCUUCAACGUUAUAUGCUAGUGAGAAUGGUGGAGAAGCAUGGAAAAAAUUAGAAAAUGGAGUAAAAUUUUUAGCAUGGUCAUCAAAUGAUAACAUCUAUAUUUCUAAUUUAAAUCAAGUACAACUCAUUCAUAUUCCAACUCUUGAACAAAUCGAUAAGCCAAUAUAUGAAAAUUUAGCUACAUCAAAUUUUUUAUCAAAAUAUUUUAUCAUAACAGAUUUGGAUAAUAACCUUGAAAUUCGUUCCAUGAAUAAUAUGAAUGAUACACUCUUAUUGUCUGAUAAACUUUCUUCAUCCCGUUCGGUAAGUUCACUUUUAAAAACAAACUAUUAUCCGUUCCAGAAGUCAAGGCACGCCAUUGUUUUCUGAAUAACUUUUGGUAGAAACAAGAUGGAGACCUGCGGUUUUCGUCAUUCGAAAGAGGAGACUUGGAUACACGUUUUCAUAACCAACAUUAUUUCCAGAAGAGUUCUUUGAAAUAGGUUUCCUAGGAGAUCUUUGGAAAACUAGGUCGUCUGUAAGGAUUUUCCAAUACGAUUGUAUUGCUUUUUCCUCAUGGACUGAUAGCCCAGGAUGUCCGCUUCAAAAUGGAAGUAAAGUGAGACCUUGAUUUUCCACGGUUCGGGCGUUGUAUCGGAUUUUCUACGAGUCCAAGGACUGGGACCCGGUGGCUAUUGGUAGGCUUAAAGACUGAUGGACUAUGGGUAAUCAACCAUGCUGAGUUUCGUGGAAAUAUUUAUUUUUAGAAAAAGUUUUAAAAAUCUACCGAAAAGCCAGUUUUACGAAAAUUAGGGUUUUCAGGCUGUUUUCACCUAAUAUUAAAAAAUUCACUAUUCACUUAAAAAACAUCAGAACAAGCUCAAACCUUCAGAAUGUAGAGUAUUUAAGCUAUUCUAUAUCCUAUUCAUAGAAGAUCUCGAAGCAAAUUUUACAUAGCUCUUAGAUUUUCCAAAAGGGUUUCUGGAAAACCUAUUAACAAAAAUAUACUUAUAGAUUUUUUCGAUCUUAUAAGCACAUUUAGCGGACAACAUUAGUCAUACCCUGAGAAUUUGAGCUUGUUUUGAUGUUUUUUAA